AUGACUAACUUUGUUGUUGCACUGUGGGAAAGCAUUUUCCAACCAGGAACAUCGCCUCAAUUGAUCAUUGCUACUCAUAUCUCGUUUGCACUAUUGCUUUGCGUGUUGGGAUCGCAGAUCUAUUUAACCAAAAAUAUCCAUUUCAUCGCAUUAACGAUUAUCGCCACUCUACUAUGGAUCACCGUGACGUGGUUCAUCUACGAAUUACAAAACACAAAGCUUGUUACCAACGAAGAUCUACAAACAGCUGAAUCUAAAAAGACUGAUAAGACUGAGCCUUCCAAGCCCUCUGAAGAGAUAAAUCUAGAGGGUGUUGCGAAACCUGAUCCUAAACCAUCAUCUACACCUAAAAAAAGGAAAACAAAAUCAAGAAGAGCUUAA